AUGCUCACGGUUACGGCUUUGCCUUCACGGUGGGCAUGGUUUUCACUGACGUCGCGCGGGCAAACGGCACCGUACCAGGCCCAGGUCGACGCGAGCACCAGCACCGAUGAAGAGGAGAUCAUGCGCCAGCCUUCGGCAGCACCCAACGUGGUCGACGCACACAUCCACCAGCGGCCUCUCGCCCGCUACGACUCUGUUGGCUUGGGCGGCAUUCAUGCGUGGGCGUUCGUCAAGGCUACCGCUCCAGGCGCCUCCCUCUCGGCGGCCAUCCCGCUUAUUCUGUCCAUCCUCCUCAUGGGUGGCCAGUCGGCGAUCAUGUACGCGGUCGCCUAUGAGGCUGCGCACCCACGCUGCUCGAGUCACAAUCACUGCGCGGUCGGAGAGUAUUGCCACCCAAAGGAUUUCUAUAUUUUUGGGGAGCCAAUCACGCGGCAGCCGUGGCGGCACGAGAAGGCGCCCGGCGUAUGCCUCGACUGCUACAAUAUGCAGCUGACGGCGGAGAACAUAUCAAGAAUCAUCAUGGCGCUGGACAGCCGGCGUCACGUGCUUGGACCAUAUGUCGACAUCUGGAGCAACUCGAGCUUCGCCAUUGGCGCCGGCUGGUUCGGUCACAGUGCCGCCGAGGACUUGAGCGGCGAGCAGUGGGCGCGAGAGGCUGCGGCCCACUGCGACGCCACCGACAUCAUGCCGCUGCGGUGUGACCAUCUCGUCGUACGGCAGAGCCGCCUCGCCGCGACGCACUACUUCGUACUCGUCUUCGUGGUGAUGUUGAUCCUUAUUCCGCUCGCCGAGGACUGGGACGAGGCUGCACUGGAGAAGCGGCUGCUCCGCCACCGCACGCGUGCUCGUAGAGUAGAGCUUCCCCUGUGGAUGCGCUGCCUGGGCUGGGUGCACAUCCGGAUGCGGAUGUUGGUGCUGCCGCUCUGCUUAAUCUGUGCAACUUGCGCGAUCCUCAUCAACGACGUCACCUGCACCAUGUUCCUGCUCGAUGGGCUCGCAAUCACAUUUACCACCUUCAUCGAUAACCUCCUCGCGCAACUUCUCUUACCUGUUGAGCAGCGCGAGGAGGUGGGCGGGGCAAUCGCGGCUCUUCUAGCGGAGGAAUCGGCUACAGUCGGGAACGCGGGUUCGCAUCGCUUCUUGGUGUGGCUAUUCAACCGUUUGUAUGCGGCGGUCCUCGGGCUCGCCGUGUUUGCCGUCAACCUCGCCCCGGAAAGCUUCAUGGUUGCCUUUGGCAGUCAGUAUGCUGCCUCCGGAUCGCUUUCGUGCGACAACCUGCUCGAAGCCUUCGCAUGGUGCAUUUUAAGCUGCGUCAUUGUCAUCGCAGGCAUCUGGCCGCUUUUGCGCGAGCGGUCCUUCCUCUCACAGCGGUCAAAGUGGCGCGCGUUCCUAAACGUGGCUGCCGACGCCUUCUGCACAAUGACAUUCGUCUGGGCAUCCUUGUGGCUCAACCCGUCGAAUCAGGCCUUUUUUCAACUCUUUUUGCACAGCCCGCUGGCGGUUAUGCUGACAUGGCCGCUCGGCGUGCCAGUAAUCAUUGCAAGACUGUUUGCAGUGCCAGUGCCUGCAACCAUGCCAUGGCUGGCAGUUCGGCUCGGCCUGCUUCUCGCGAUGGUCGUUCUCUGUGUUGCUGUCGCGUGGGCCCGCGGCGACGGCGUCGGCGGCGAUGGCAGGAACGGCGUCAACUUUGACCUGUUCCCCAUGGAGGACCUCUGA